CACUCCCAUGGCGGGUCCGAAUUCUGGAGAAAGCCACUCACAGUCACUGUGGUAUCUCCCCACAAACCAUGACGCUAUAAAACUCCACAGAGAGGAACAAAGUCUCAAUCCCUCCAGUUUUCCAGACACCAAGGAUGGGGGCUACUGCGCAGAGUCCCACCCUCCUGCUGCUCUCAGUAUUGCUGGCUCUGACGCAGACCAAGACCCAUAGUGGCGCUGGGUCACACUCGAUGCGGUAUUUAAUAACCACGACCGGAUCUCCAACGGAUCUCCGAGAUCGCCAAGUCUUCGCCGUUGCCUAUUUGGAUGACACGCAAAUCCUGAACUUCGAAAGUGGCAAGACUAUUAAAUUGGAAGCGCGCGCGCCAUGGGCGAAGCAGAUGGGACCUGCUUAUUGGAAGUGGGCAAAAGACGCUAUGGAGGAUUAUACAAAAACGGCCCGAGAAAACCUGAAAUUUGCAAUCAAGAUCUAUAACCAGAGCGAUGACGGCUCUCAUACCUUCCAGUGUUUCCUUGGUUGCGACAUGGGUCCAGACCAAUUCUUGCUCCGUGGACACUAUAGACAUGCCUAUGAUGGUCGUGAUUACAUCAGCCUGAACGAAGAUCUGAGUUCUUGGACUGUGGCAGACAAGACAGCUCAGAUCACCCAGCGACAAUGGGAGGCAAAACGCUUAGCAGAGAACUGGAAGAUCUUCUUGGAGGGUCGGUGCAUUGCUCUGCUACUGUGGCACUUGGAGUUAGGGAAGGAGACUCUGCAGCGCUCAGACCCUCCAGAGGCACAUAUAACACAUCACCCUAGACCUGAAGGUGAUGUCAUCUUGAGGUGCUGGGCUCUCAGAUUCUACCCUGCUGAGAUAACCCUGACUUGGGAGAAGGAUGGGGAAGACCAGACCCAGGACAUGGAGCUGGUGGACACCAGGCCUGCAGGAGAUGGAACCUUCCAGAAGUGGGCAGCUGUGGUGGUGCCUUCUGGGGAGGAGCAGAGAUACACAUGCCAUGUGCACCAUGAAGGGCUGCCUGAGCCCCUCACCCUGAGAUGGGAGCCAUCACCUCCUUGGCCCAAGAUUGGAAUGACUGUUGGUGUGGUUCUCCUUGGAGUUGUGGUCACUGGAGCUGUGGCUGCCAUGGUGAUGAUGAGGAAGAAAAGUUCAGACAAGUUCUCAUCAUAUAGCCCAGGCCAAGCUAGAGCAGACUAUGUAGCAAAGAUUAGCCUUAAACUUGCAAUCCUCAGCCUCAGCUGAGGACUGGGUUUGGCUCAUUUGCUUCAGCCUCUUGGGGACUGGGUUUACAGAAUCUCCGAGGACUUGCAUUCUGGAAAUGUCUGUGAAGAUGUUUCCAGAGAAGAUUAACUGAGGAGAGAGGGCUGCACUGGAUGUGGGUGACACCAGCCCGUGAUUUGGGAGACCCAGACUGAGAAAAGGGAGAGAAGAGCCAGCAUCCCCACACUCUGCUGCCUGAUGCAUGGAGAUGGAAGUCAUCCCAGCCACAUGGUCCAGCUUCCAUGAACUCCACCAGGCUUUUCCUGCCAGGAAGGGUUGUACCUUA